AUGCGGGAUCGGAAUUUUUUUUCAGAUCUGACCAGAAAUCUUUAUAGUUGAUCAUAACGUUAAAAAAGAUAGCAUUGAAUUCUACAAGAUCACAAGAUGAAGGUUAUAUCAGACGAUGCCGUUGAAAGGUAUUUGUGGAGCAACUUAACCAAAACUCAAAUUCUUGAAAAAUUCCAACCAGCUUUACUAAAUGGAUUGAAAGAUUAUAACGAGGACCCUGAUAAGAUUAUCCCACCACGAAUUUCACAAUUAAGUAAUAACCCCAAUUCUUCAGUAACUCAUUUAUACAUGCCAUGUAUCUCACCUAAUGAAGUUGGUAUUAAAGUUAUUAGUGGUGGUCCAAGUUCGAAAUUAGGAUUCCAAGGAUGUGUGUUGAUUCUAGAUGAAUUUACUGGAGUACUAGAAGCAGUUAUCAAUGCUAAAACCUUGACUGCGUUUAGAACAGCUCUUGCUUCUACUUUGGGAUUAGUUAAGGUAAUUCAUCCAGAUAAUAAGGAUAUACUCAAGGAAAUAACAGUUUUCGGUGUUGGUCUUCAAUCAUAUUGGCACAUCGCUUUGAGUUUGAAAAUUUACGGUGAAUCAAUAUUGCAAGUUAAUAUCAUAAAUAGAAGUAUAGAAAAUGCUCAAAAUUUAGCUGAUAAAUUGAAAGAUGUGUUCCCAUUUACUGCAUUCAACUCAUUCCUGUUUGAUCAAGAAGAUGCAUACGUUGGUCAUAUUCAAAAUAGCUCAAUCAUUUUUGGGUGUACACCGUCUACCGUGCCUGUUAUUAAGAGCCAUUAUAUAAACAAAGAUCCCAAAUAUCCAAAGUUCAUAUCAUUGAUCGGAUCAUACAAAGCAAAUAUGAUAGAGUUGGAAUUGGAUUUCAUCAAUAGUGAAUUUAAAUCAACAGGUACCAGUAUCAUUGUCGAUUCCAAGGAUCAUACAUUAUUAGAAUCAGGCGAGCUUAUUCAAGGAGGUAUUGAAAGAGAUCAAUUAGUAGAUCUUGUUGAAUUGUACGAAACCAACGACUCAACAUCUAAUUAUGUUUCUCCACAUAAUAUAACAUUUCAAAAGCUUGUGGGAUUAUCUAUUAUGGAUUUAUCUAUGGGGAAACUCAUAUCCAAAGACAUUACCAGUGACAAAGCUGUAGUUAUAGACGAUUUCUAAUCAUAUAAACUCAAUAUCUGUAUAUAUACAAAACCAUCCAAUAAUAAACAUUCUUAUUUAUUACCUCCUUGCUGAAGUGAAUAUAUUUUGCAUUAAUUCGGUAACCGUAGUUAAGAUUACCACAAAAUAAAAUUAUACGCGCGCGUGGGUUGGAGGAACAAAGUUUGUGAUGGUCAUGAUAACAAAUGGAUCUC